CCAGUAGCAAUCGCCCUUACAUGCAUCAUAAAGCGGUUCGGAAUGGCUCUAGCAGCACCGCAUACACUUGGCGCUGGCCGCACCCGCUUCCUGCGGAAGUGUGCCUCGCUGUUUGUCCGUCACGUGCUUUGCACCGCGUCUUGCCACCCAACACUACAUAAGCUUCGUCUCAUAGUUCUUCCCAUCCUUUUCCCCAAGUUUACCAUGACAUACGAACCCCUCCAGGAUUGUGAGGGGACCUCCCUCCCGCCGCAGACCCGACUUGCCCGCUUCACGGCGUCCCUGGCGUCGAUGCGCGACACAGGCGCACGCUUCCUCGGCCGACUAUUGACAUUCUGUUUGGACUACUUCGGCGAGAUCGUAGGGUUUCUGCUCAUUGGUGCGUUCGUAUGCUUGUGGGCGUACAUUUUUUUUGGCAACAUUUGGGCCUUCUUGACAUACGACGCCGCGGGGGAGGCGAAGAAGGCCGAGGCGGCAUUGGCCGCAAGAAACGCGGCACUCAUUAAGCCGAUAAUGGACAAGCUCGCGGAGCUCGAGAGAGACAUCGGGUUGCUGCAACAGGCUGUUGAUAAGCUGGACGGACGGAGGCACGAGCCGUAGCAGGAUGCAAGAGAGUAAAGUGGCAACUGGGUUGAGAUUGACUUCCCAUUAAGAAGUUCUCACAUUGCAACGGGCUGCUUCUCCUGA